UGGCCCACAGCAGCAGUCAUAUGAUGUUGUAGUUGGACUGGUUCACGCGGAGUUGCAGUUAAGGACGUUGGAGGAGGUUUAGUGCGACGAAGAAGUCUCGUGUUUCAGCCCCUUGUUGAGAGACGUAGUGUGGGGGUUUGUUUACUCUUAGAAGUGAGUUUGGUUCAGUGAUGUUCGCCGGUGGUUUGUUGGCGUGUUUGCUGGCCGUGUUUCAGCUCGGCUCACGCGCUCAAUAUGCCCCCGACGAGGUGACAUAUCUGCCAGGUAUGAUGUUCAAACCGAGAUAUCAACAGUGGUCCGGAUACCUCCAGACACGACCGGGAAGGUUUCUCCAUUAUUGGUUUGUGACUUCUCAGAGGGACCCAGCCAAAGACCCUCUGGUGCUCUGGCUGAAUGGAGGUCCGGGCUGCAGCUCCUUGGAUGGAUUCCUGUCAGAGAAUGGACCGUUUCAUGUUAAUGAUAACGGGGCCACACUGUAUGAGAACACAUUCAGCUGGAACAAGAUUGCCAAUGUGCUGUAUAUAGAAUCUCCUGCAGGAGUGGGAUAUUCCUACUCUGAUGACAAAAACUACACCACCGACGAUGACCAGGUGGCUGAUGAUAAUUACAAAGCCCUACAGAGCUUCUUUGCCAAGUUCCCAAAUUUCACUAAAAAUGAGUUCUUCAUCUUUGGGGAAAGUUACGGUGGAAUUUAUGCACCAACCCUCAGCCUGCGCGUGGCUACCGGGGAUGCCAAAAUCAACUUCAAGGGCUUUGCGGUGGGAAACGGUCUCAGCAGCUUUGCAUUCAAUGACCAAAGUUUGAUCUACUUUGGUUAUUACCACGGCCUCUUUGGAGAAGAUUUGUGGCGAGAUCUGAACAUAAAUUGCUGUGACAAGGGGAGCUGCAACUUCUACAACUCCACUUCAGACACCUGCGAGAUGCAGGUGCUAGUGGCCUUUCGAAUUGUGUAUGAGAGCGGACUUAAUGAGUAUGCCCUGUACUUGAAUUGUGAGGGUGGCAGAUCUCACAGAGGUUAUGAGAGGACCAUGAACCACCUCUUUAAGAACUACGAAAAACACCCACACACCUACAAGUUUUUAGGUCGAGUGCCUACCUCCAUGUCUCUGGGUGAAGUCCCUCCCUGCAUCAACAGCACGGCUCAGAUGAACUGGUUGAACAGAGGCGAUGUGAGGAAAGCUUUACAUGUUCCAGAUACACUGCCACCAUGGGACAUCUGCAGUGAUGAAGUUGGAGCGCAGUACACCACCUUGUACCCAACAGUGAAGGAUGUGUAUCUAAAGCUGCUCUCUCUAGGCCUGCGGGCGCUCGUCUACAACGGGGACACUGACAUGGCCUGCAACUUCCUGGGAGACCAGUGGUUUGUGGAAGACCUCGGCCUGCAAGCAACCACUAAGUACCAAAUAUGGCUUCAUGAUGACCAGAUUGCUGGUUUCUACCAACAGUUUGGAAACAUCACUUUCCUGACGGUCAAGGGUGCAGGUCACAUGGUUCCCCAGUGGGCUCCAGGUCCAGCUUUCCACAUGUUCCAGUCUUUCAUAACAAAUGGCUUCUAUUGAGACUGCAGUAUGUAAAAUACCUGCACUCAUUUGUCACUUGUUAGAUGGUAUAUUUUUCUCAGGGAAGAUGAAGCGAAAGGACUAUUAGGGCACUUAUUCUUGUCGACUGUGUUGUUGUGUUCAGUAUUCGUAGAGGGACACAUUUGUUGUUUGCUUUGCCAUCCCACUGGUUUUAAAAUUAAGCAAUUCUAUUGUUGACUUCCAGCUUUGAGGCAGUUUACAUCUGUAUUGGGCUAAUUGUGUAGGAAGUGCAACCCUUUUUUAAGGGUCUCUGAAUUUUUUGACACAUUAACAAAUGUGUAUUUAAAUAAUUAUUAGUAUUUGGUUACCAGCCAGCUUCACUUCUUGUUCAUUUUGGGGAUUUGUGCCUUCAGUCUGGUCUUCAUUAAGUGAAAAGCACCUGCUCAGUUCUGCUUAGCCCACUCAUUGAUGGUCUUGUGUUAGAUUGUCUGGAAACUAGGGACUAGACUACAUAUGGAUGCAUAAAAGGGUACAAGUCCUUUACUAUUCACCCAGGCUGAAUGUUUAAAAAGUCAACGCUUAGACCUCAGUUUAAUGUCAUAUCUAAUGUGCUGAUUUAAAAGACAUGACAGAAGUUGUCCUUGUCCAGAUACGGUUUUUUUCUGUGGCAGUGAUGUCAAGCUGAAUCUUUGUGUUUUACAGUUUUCAUUGAAGUAAAUGAAGUGAUACAACUGAACUUAAAUGGCAUUGCUCAAACCGUGUUGUUCAAAACUGCAGCUCCACUUUUAUUUUUUUUUUUAAAUAAAUGUUUUGAACUGCCAGUGACACAUGA